CCGUGGCCCGAACUGCCCCGCCAACGGAUAUCGACCUGCCAACUGCUACCAGAGUUGGGAUUCCGCAACGGAUUUUGAAUUUAUAGCAUUAUCAUGAAUUCACUGAUUCAGUAUUCACGAGGAAAUUUUAGAACACAAAAAUAUUAAAAAUAAACAAAUUCAGAAAUUGCCAAUAGUAUCCGAAGGCGCCAGACUCGAGUACAAUUCCGCGUAAUCGUAAAUAUCGGUAUUCCAAGCUGCACAACUAAUCGUAUUUUGUAGUUCGUUGCAAUUAUAAUUUGUUCCAGAUCGUUUGUAUUCAAAAUUAUAUUUUAUACAAUGAGCUCUAAAACAAAACAAAAAAAAAUGGCCGAAUAUAUCACAACAACAACAGAUAACUCAAAAAAAAGAGCUCGAAAUAAUGAUGGAGAUGAUUCAGAAUCUAAAAAGCCCAAAUCAGCACAAGUUGAUUUAAACAAAAUAAAUUUUGACUGUGAGAAAAAAAGUGCUAAAGGCCUUACUUGGAAUCUAAAAAUUAUGUCAUGGAAUGUUGCUGGUCUUAGAGCUUGGCUUAAGAAGGAUGUUAUAGAAUAUCUUAAAAAAGAGGAUCCCGAUAUUAUUUGUUUACAAGAAAUCAAAUGUACUGAAAAACAAAUGCCGGAUGAAGCAAAAUUACCUGGAUAUAAAAUUUAUAUUAAUUCAGGUGACAAGGCUGGUUACUCCGGAGUUGCUUUAUAUUCUAAGAAAAAGCCUGUUAAUGUGAGAAUGGGAAAGGAAAUAAAAGAAUUGGAUGAUAAUGAAGGUCGUGUGAUUGAAGCAGAAUAUGAACAAUUUUUCCUGGUUGCUACUUAUAUUCCAAAUGCCGGUGCAGGAUUAAAAACAUUGCCAAAAAGAAUGAAAUGGGACGAGGAAUUUCGUAAAUAUUUGAAAGAGUUGGAUACCAAAAAACCAGUUGUAUUGACUGGUGAUUUAAAUGUCGCUCAUAAAGAAAUUGAUCUUGCAAACCCAAAAUCGAAUACAAAAAAAGCAGGUUUUACUAAAGAAGAGAGGGAUAAUAUGUCAUUGCUUCUUGAAGAAGGAUUCAUUGAUACAUUUAGAACAUUAAAUCCUGAAAAAACUGGAGCCUAUACUUUUUGGACUUUUUUUAUGAAUGCAAGAGCUAGAAAUGUUGGAUGGAGACUGGAUUAUUUUAUUUCAUCAAAAAGAUUCAUGGAUAAUGUAUGUGAUAGUACUAUACGAAAUGAAGUACUAGGUAGUGAUCAUUGUCCAAUUGUGUUUUACAUUAAUGUUUGAUUAUAAAAAAAAAUUUUUUAAAUGUUAAGACUAAUAAAACUUAUACUGUACAAAUUACUUCUGUAAACAUACUACUUUUUUAAAACCAAUCUUUGUAUGAGUAUGUAACUAAAGUAAAUCAUAUUAAAUAAAUUAAGAAUCAAACCUCA